CACCUAGAUGCUGGCAAAAUAUAGUUCUAAACCCAGCAGAGAGAUGGCUGGGAAGCCUUACAGCUAAUACUAAUUAACGAAACUCGUUGGUCUUGUUGCCAGCCGAAUCCAACCUGUGAUCAUCUUGAAACUAGCACAAAUGGAGAUACUGACUUGAAUGACGAUGUUUUCUCAUUUAGUUUCUAAAUGGGGUAAUUAUGAGCUGGAUACACCCAAGAAAGCCAAAAUUGUAGAUGCCAACAAAUUAAUAAUGGCUGACAAGAGUUUUCCAUGAACCAUUUUCAUGUCAUCCAUAAUAUUGUUGUUGGGUCAUAUCUUCAAUCUCUCCAUUUUUCUUGGGUCAAAGUUGGUGUUUAAGGAGACAAAACCAGCAAGAAAUCAAAAAGGGUUUCAUCUAUGGACACCCCAGAAGACAUCGUGAAUGUAAGUGGAAAAUGCUACGAGAAUGUUAAAGUAUUCUCGGAAGGAUUGUGGAGUGUAAAACCUGGAGAAAGUAUUCUACAACAUUCAUUGGUUCGUUUCCAUUUUGAGUUACUUGCGAUGUUCUUCCUCGCCGGUUCAUUUCACUUUUUCCUCAAACGAUUUCAUUUUUCACGUUUCACCUCGGAUGUCCUGGCAGGUAUAGCAGUGGGACCGACUGUAAUGGGAUAUUACUUUGGCAGGACAUCAGAUGACUUGUUCCAUACAAGCAUUCCCAAUCAAGUCGUUAGUUCAUUAUCAAAGAUUGGUUACAUUCUCUUCGUUUUCUUUGCUGGAGUACAAAUGGACACGACCUUGAUAUGGAAAACAGGAAGAAAAGCUUUUUCUUUAGGGGCGUUCAUCUUUGCAACCAAUUUCAUAAUGGCAAGUUCUAUUGCUAUCUUUUUCCCCAAAGAUAAUGGCUUAAUUAUCGGAAUCAAGGGUGGAAUGAUUUUCACUGGGAAUAUGUAUUUUGAAUCAAUGACCCAGACCGAAUUCGUUGGAGUCUGUUACAUUUUAAUGCAGCUUCAGAUUAUAAAUUCACAGCUCGGACGCCUUGCUCUAGCAUCAUCAAUGCAUUAUAAGUUGAUGAGCCUGGUAUAUAAUAUUACGAAUGGUUUUGGAAGGGGUUUUAGAACUACAUCGAUUCGUGUUGGAGUUCAGAUGGUUAUUUUUUCCUUGGCAUACAUUUUGUUUAUUGUGAUCAUCUUGAGGCAGAUGAUAUUCACGUUCAUUAGAAUAACACCGCAAGGUCAGCCUUUGAAGGAAAUUUAUGCUACCAUUACCAUGGCCUGCGUGUUUCUUUUAGCAUCAAGUGGUGAUUGUGUAGGGCUAAAUUAUGUGUUUGGCCCUUUAAUACUUGGCUUGAUAGUGCCUGCAAGGUCUCCAUUAGCUGAAAUCCUGGUACAAAAGUUUAAUACGGCUGCUUCAGGAUUUCUUCUCCCACUCAUGACAAUGUUCUGUGCCUCCAAAAUUGAUUUACAUCAAUUCAUCUCGGAAUUCAACACUCUGGUCGCCUUCAAGAUCUCAUUGAUUGGAUUCGCAAUUAAGGUGGCGGUAACUUUUCUAGCGGUGUACUUUUACAAGUUACCUUUAAGACAUGCUGCUGCGCUUACAGUCAUCUUGAAUGCCAAAGGCCAUUUCGAGGUGGGAACUUUUAUCAGCUUCAAUCCACUUAAGGAAAUUCAAAGUACCAGUGGGAUUUUGUUACUAUUUCUGUUACAAGCCUUUCAACCACUUCUUGUCAAGACUCUCUACCAUCCUGCAGAGCACUACGUAAGCUACAAGCAAAAAUCGAUCGAGCAAGUUUCAAAUGAUGCAGAGCUCCAGAUACUGGUAUGUGCGCAUAGAGAGGAAGACGUCAUGGCAGCAAUAACACUCCUAGAAUAUUCUAAUCCAACAAAACAGAAUCCCUUGUCCAUUUAUGGACUCUGCCUGGAGGAACUUGUUAGCAGCUUUAUCCCUGUUCUAAUCAACCACCAAUUAGGACAAAAAAUCUCUUAUUCUGAGGGAUCCCGCUCGCAACCCAUCAUUGACAUCUUCAAGUACUUCAAGACGCAACACAACAAGUUCGUCCAGAUGCAUGUGUUCACUGCAAUAUCACCAUUUAAACAGAUGCACGAAGACAUUUGCUGGCUGUCUUUCGACAAGGAUUGUUCCCUAGUAAUAAUUCCAUUUCAUAAGAAAUGGAAUAGCAAAGGCAAAAUGGUUUCAAGCAAUACUGAUUUGAGGAAUUUGAACAUCAACGUAUUGAAAAAUGCCCCUUGUUCUGUAGGAACCCUCAUUGAUCGUAAAAGAGCACAGGGGUUGUCUUCUAUUUUUUCUACGUCAGCAACUUACCGUGUGGCCGCCCUGUUCGUUGGAGGCUCAGAUGACAGGGAGGCAAUAUCUUAUGCCUUAAGGAUGGCAAGAAGCCCCAGAGUUCAUCUAACAAUCAUGCAUCUCGUUGCACACAAUGACGAUGUCCAUAAUUGGGAGAAUAUGGUCAAUGAUGACUUUUUAAGAAAAGUGAAAGCAGAAAUGUCAGGGCAUAAGAACAUCGAUUACAUGGAGGAGACAGUGAGAGAUGGAUCUGAUACAUCUGAGGUACUUCAAUCAAUUGUAGAGGAUCGUGACCUUAUCAUGGUAGGGCGUCAACAUGAAAAUGAGCCUCAAGCUUUAGCAGGCCUAUCUGCAGAAUGGAUUGAUUUUCCAGAGCUUGGGCCAAUGGGGGACCUGCUUGCAUCUGAAUAUAUUUCUAAUCCAGUUUCAGUUUUGGUGGUUCAACAACAAAAGAAGAAAGUAAAUGUUACAGCUUCAAAUUAAUUAAUGUUUCGAAGUUGCAAGCAAACAUCUGCCAAAAUGUAAAAGAAAUAAACCCAGUUACCCACUCCUCCUAGUUACAACUUUAAGAACACAUCCUUGUUCAUUACAAAUCUUGUGAGUUGUGAAGAUAAGCUUCACACGGCUUUAGCUUUAAAUGUGCUGAUAACUUCAUUUAAGUCUCCACGACUGUGUAAAAAUUAGGCACCAUAUUAAUUUAUUAUUUAACGAAUUCCCAUUUGUUCAUUUCUAAUGAUUUAAUUCGGCC